AUGACACUUGUAACUAGUAAGAGGACAAAAGCUAAAGUAGGUUGGUCCCCUCCCAUGAGUGGUAUGUUGUGCUUGAAUGUUGAUCGUGCUUAUGUUUCUUCAUUACAGCAUGGAGGCAUUGGAGGUGUUCUGCAUAAUGAGAAGGGUGAGUUUAUUGUUGGUUUUGCUUAUAAAGUGCCUAAUAUAUCCUCUACCUACCAUACUGAGUAUCUUGCUGUUAAGUCUGGGUUGGAGCUUAUUCAAGCACUUGGUAUGUCUAGUGUUGCUUUAAUGAGUGAUUAUUUAGAGGCUAUUAAGGCUGUGACAGAAAAGGAUCAAGACUUCUCCACUUUGAGAAUCAUUGUUGAAGAAAUUAAAGAUUUACUAAGUGAUUUGCAUUUUGUAGGUGUCCAUCAUACUUAUAGAAGUGCUAAUCAUGUUGCUCAUAGACUAGCAGGUUUUGGUUUUGAUUCUGACAUUUUGUUCAUGCUCUGUGUUUGUUUCGAAUGUCCUACAGUUGUAAUUGUAUAA